ACACAGCUGAUCGUCCCACCGUGAGCGCUCGUCACAUGCAUCUGUCAUCGACCGACUCCGAGAAGCACCCCUCCCAUCCCAUCCCAGCAUCAGCCGCCUCAAAAUAGCGCGCGUUACGCCAUCGAUGCCGGCCGUCAGGGCCUCUCUAUAAAUAGCAGCCGGCUGUUUGCGACAUAUCCAUUUGCAGUGCUUCAAGAGAUCCGUCGGACAUCUCCAGAAGCCACGUCCGUACCAGUUUGUCUUCUGUCUACCCCAAUCCAAGUGCCAAGGCCGACUACGUAAAAUGCGUGAGUGUAUCUCCAUCCACGUGGGACAGGCCGGCGUGCAGAUCGGCAAUGCAUGCUGGGAGCUGUACUGUCUGGAACAUGGUAUCCAGAAGGACGGGACCAUGGAGGCGGACCACAAGACGCCCAACUUCAGCGGGGACGACUCCUUCAGCACCUUCUUCAGCGAGACCGACUCCGGCAAGCACGUGCCCAGGGCGGUCUUCGUUGAUCUUGAACCCACGGUUAUAGACGAGACCCGGACGGGGCAGUACCGUGCACUCUUCCACCCCGAGCAGCUCAUCUCCGGUAAGGAGGACGCGGCGAACAACUACGCGCGCGGCCAUUACACCAUCGGCAAGGAGAUCGUGGACGUGGUGGUGGAGCGGAUUCGUAAACUGGCGGAUCAGUGCACGGGCCUGCAGGGGUUCCUGGUGUUCCACAGCUUCGGCGGCGGGACCGGGUCAGGGUUCACCUCGCUGCUAAUGGAGCGUCUGUCCGUGGACUACGGCAAGAAAUCCAAGCUGGAGUUCGCCGUCUAUCCCGCGCCCCAGGUGUCCACGGCUGUGGUCGAGCCCUACAACUCCAUCCUGACCACCCACACCACCUUGGAGCACUCCGACUGCGCCUUCAUGGUCGACAACGAGGCUAUCUACGACAUCUGCCGCCGAAAUCUCGACAUCGAGCGGCCGACCUACGUCAACCUGAACCGUCUGAUCGGUCAGAUCGUGUCGUCCAUCACCGCCUCCUUGCGGUUUGACGGCGCACUGAACGUGGACCUGACGGAGUUCCAGACCAACCUGGUGCCGUACCCGCGCAUCCACUUCCCGCUAGUGACGUACGCGCCCAUCAUCUCCGCAGAGAAGGCGUACCACGAGACGCUCAGCGUGUCCGACAUCACCAACGCCUGCUUCGAGCCCACCAAUCAGAUGGUGAAAUGUGACCCCCGCCACGGGAAGUACAUGGCGUGCUGCAUGCUGUACCGUGGGGACGUGGUGCCCAAGGACGUCAACGCCGCAAUCGCAACCAUCAAGACCAAGCGGACUAUCCAGUUUGUAGACUGGUGCCCGACCGGUUUCAAGGUCGGCAUCAACUACCAGCCUCCGACGGCCGUGCCUGGCGGAGACCUGGCCAAGGUGCCGCGGGCCGUCUGUAUGCUGAGUAACACUACCGCCAUCGCAGAGGCCUGGGCCAGGCUAGACCACAAGUUUGACCUGAUGUACGCCAAGCGUGCCUUCGUACACUGGUAUGUUGGUGAGGGUAUGGAGGAGGGAGAGUUCUCCGAGGCUCGGGAGGACCUGGCAGCUCUGGAGAAGGAUUACGAGGAGGUGGCGACAGACUCCAUGGAUGGGGAGGGCGAGGAGGAUCUGGACGAGGAGUAUUAGAUCAUUAAGUCAACGCCAACUCAAAACUACACAAAAGAAGAAAUAUCCUAUUAAUGUACUGUAUGAUGACAAUUCUACAUCGGAUUUAAGAUCUGCACUUCCUUCUCAAACCUUAAAGAAAGAGCCAAAAAUUCCAUCGUUUCAAUGAUCAACCGAUUGUCUCCGUAAGGUAACUCCUGUUCAUGUCUGUAGAAAGCAGAAUAUGAAAUCAACAAGUGUUGUUUUUGUACUACGAAAUGACUGCAUAAGGUCAGAAGAAAAGGGUACGAAGGCAAUCCUUUGACGUUGCCAGAGUGCUCUUUCGUCGAAGUUUAAGUAAGUUAUAACUAUGUCAAACAAAAUAAACAAAUGACUUUAAAAAGUCAUA